AUGAAACCCUCUUGGAAGAGAAAGAAGUUAAGAGGGAGGGAUUCCUUGGGUACGGGUCCAAAUGGCGGAUGUAACAGUCUUUUGGGGUCCAAAUAUAAUAUACCCACAACAAUACCGGAAGCCGUGCAACUGCUCCUCAAUAAGGAGGGUGAGAAACUGGUUGAAGUGGCCCUUUGCGGGUGGAAAGACUACUUGCGAUGCAGCAAAGACGCAGCAGAGGCAGAGGAAGAAGAGAGAGAGAAAAGAACAGAAGAAGAGGAAGAGAAAGAAGCAAGAAAGGGAAGAAGAAAAAAGCGCCAGGAGGGGCAAACAGUGGGUCGGCCAGCUGGAACGGUGAUUGGUUUACUGUAUUGGGGGACAACUUCGAUCAGUCGACGAGGAUUGUACGUGAUAUCCUUCAAAUAUCAACAAAUGGAGAGCCUGUCUGGCCCCCUUAGCCUGCUUGAAUUUUUCAGUGUUGACAGCGUCCUACAUGGGCUGCAGGACGAUUGGGUGUGA